AUGUUGGCACAGUGGCCCAUUCUGGUUAGCCUGCUGUGGUUGAGUUGUUGGCUGGUUGUGUCGUCGGGGACAGCAAUAUCCUGUUCUCGUCACCGGCUCUGCCAGGUGGCUCUGGUCAGCAGUAACCCGGUGCUGCUGGUCUGUGUGAAUGGGCCAGGACAGGAGGGAGAGUCCUCCUGGUUUUAUGUGAACAACUCGGAGCCGGAGUCCAGGCAAGUCCAGCUGCUGGUGUCCAACCAGAUUCGGGGAGCCAGCUGGGAUGGGGAGAGUGAUGGGCUCCUUCUCCACUCACCCACCGUCUGGGACUCUGGUGUUUACCUGUGCCGCGCAGGGGCCAAGACCCUGACCUAUUAUGAGGUGGAUGUGCAGGAUGUGAAGCAGCUACACCUUUCGGGGGGGUUGCUGGGUGGGACAGUUCUGCCCAACCUCAGGGUGGACGUCGGAGGGCAGGGGGUGGACAUGUUCACUGUCUGGAGCCCCUGGGGGAGCUGUGACCACUGUGGUGUCCCAGGGCACAGGAGACGCCUGGGUUUCUGCUAUGCCCAGUCAUUGAGUAGUGCCAGGGAGCCCCUGCCCUGCGGCCUGCUUUCCCUGGGGCCAUGGAAGCUGCCCCCCCGGGGUCCCGAGCUUUCCCUCGAAGUCUGCCGCAUCCCCUGCCAGCCCUCUCCCAUGUCCCCAGUCCAUCGUCACCUCCUCCCAGGUGGGCCCCUGAUGUUAGUCAAUGAGAGCCGGGUCCUCCUCUUUGAGACUUACCUGGUCAACAUUCACAGCAAAGUGACAUUCCACUGCCCGGGCUCCUCCAUCUACAGCCCAGCAACCUGGCAAAGGGAGCUUGCCCAUCACGGGACCAGGAGGAGGCAUCGGAAGGCCAUCAGGGACCUUACUCAGCAGAGGACUAGUAGGAGCGUCUCUCAGCAAAUGGGAGGCGCCGACUCCCUGGACCAAGCCACAGGCAGCAGCACUUACACCAUCCAGAACAUCGAGAUUGCAGAUGAAGGAGUCUACAGGUGUUUCGUCUCUGACAGACUGGCUGCCUCUUUCCACCUUAAGGUCUUUAAUCCGUUCAGGAGGAGGCUUAUCAUCGCCCACCGUACCAUGGGAUGGAUCUGGGAUGUCCUGCUCUCCCUCGGCAUGGUCUCAGUGCUCCUAGUGGUGUUAACCUUUUUGUACAUGUACUGCAGGUAUACCCGCCGUCACCAGAUUGUCCAGUGGUAAGCAACAUGGCGAACGCAGAGAUAGAAACUCCUGGCAGGGAGUUACAUGCAGGGAGUUCCUCUGGACGGAGGAUUAGAGCCAGCAGAAUCAUUGCUGCAGAUGGUGAGAGAAUGGCAAAGACCCUCUGACCCCCUGGGUAUUUUCUCUCUGGUCCCAGGGCAACACUGAAGGUGAUGGGCAACAAAGUUGGCUCUAAUUUGCACGUCCCCUUUCUCAAGGACCGUUUGAAAUG